GCCAAUCACCCAGGAGGGGCGGGCCCCCACGAGCCCAGAGCGGUGCGCGCGGCUUCGGCGUCCGGAGGGAAACCGGGAGGGGAGCGCGGACGGGCCGGGCACCCCCCGGGCCCCCCCUCACCCAGCGCCCCCAUGCCGCGCACCGUGGCCGUGCUGGGGGGCGGCAUCAGCGGCCUGGCCGCCUGCUACCACCUGGCCCGCGCCCCCCGGCCGCCCAAGGUGGUGCUGCUGGAGGCCAGCGGCCGCCUCGGGGGGUGGCUGCAGAGCACCCGCACCGAGGACGGGGCCGUCUUCGAGCACGGGCCCAGGGGAGUCCGGCCCGGGGGGGCGGCGGGCACCGACACCCUGCACAUGGUCUCGGAGCUCGGCCUGGAGAGCGAGGUCCUGCCCGUCCCCGGGGACCACCCGGCCUCCAGGCACCGCUUCCUCUACGCCGCCGGCGCCCUGCACAAGCUGCCCUCGGGGCUGGGGGGGCUGCUGCGGCCGGUGCCCCCCUUCUCGCGGGCGCUGCUGUGGAGCGGGCUGCGGGACCUGCUGGCGCCGGCCGGGAAGGAGCCCGACGAGAGCGUGCACGCCUUCGCCCGCCGCCGCUUCGGCCGGGAGGUGGCCGACAUCGCGGUGGACAGCCUGUGCCGGGGGGUGUUCGCCGGGGACUGCCGGGAGCUCAGCGUCCGCUCCUGCUUCCCCGCGCUCUUCCACGCCGAGCGGCGCCGGCGCUCCGUGCUGCUGGGGCUGGUGCUGGGCGCGGGGCAGGAGCGCGGGGCCGAGUCGGGGUUGAGCCGGCGGGCGCGCGCCGAGCGCUGGAGCCAGUGGUCGCUGCGGCACGGGAUGGAGAGCCUGCCCGAGGCGCUGGCCGCCUUCCUGCGCCCCCGCGGCGUCGAGCUGCGCUGCCACGCGCCCCUGCGCAGCCUGCGGCACCGCCACGACGGCCGGUGGCAGCUCACCCUGGCAGAUGGCACCGUGACAGCCGACCACAUCAUCAGCGCCCUCCCAGCCGCAGCCCUGGCGGAGGCGCUGCCGGCCGAGGCCGAGCCCCUGGCGCAGGAGCUGCGGCGCAUCCCCACGGUGGCAGUGGCCGUGGUGAACCUGCAGUACGAGGGCGUCACGCUGCCCGUCACGGGCUUCGGGCACCUGGUGCCUUCCUCCGAGGAUGACUCCCUCCUGGGCAUCGUCUACGACUCGGUGGCCUUCCCGCAGCACGACGGCGCGGGGCCGGCUUCGGUGCGGCUGACGGUGAUGCUGGGGGGCGCCUGGUUCACGCGAGCUUUCGGGGACCCGGCCGCCACGGCCCCGGCCACGCUGCUGCACCGGGCGCAGGCGGCGGCGCGGGAGCAGCUGGGGCUGGCGGCGGCACCGGCACGCGCCCUCGUCAGAGUGCAGCAGGCCUGCAUCCCCCAGUACACGCUGGGCCACUGGCAGCGAAUGGAGCGCAUCGGCCACUUCCUGGCGGAGCAGCGGCUGCCCCUGAGCCUCGUCGGCGCCUCCUACGCCGGGGUCUCCGUCAACGACUGCAUCGCCAGCGCCAAAGCGGCCGUCGGGCGGCUCCUGGGGGGCUGAGCCCCCUGCGGGGGGGGCCCGACCCAGCUCUCCCCGUCCCAGCAGCCAGCAGCAGUAGGACAAAGUGUUGUUUUUUUAAUGGAAAACCCCUUAUAAAGGCCCAGGGAGCAGCUCAUAAAUAGAAUAAAUAACCGCACACCA